AUGACCCUAAACAAACCGAGGGAGAAGGAGCCCCUUCAACGCCGCUCCAGCCCCGCCCUCCUUGGAGCGCGAAGCUCCGCCCCUCACCCUGACCCCACCCCCCAACGAGGCCACGCCUCCCAGAGAGGCCACGCCCCCCUGGGCCUCUCGUCGUCCUAUCAACUGGGAGACACAGUGCACUGGGACCGGUGGCUCUGUGACGAAGGAAACAGUUACAAAGACUUCCUGUAUCGCGUGCUGUUGCUAGGAGACCAUGGCGUCGGGAAGAGCAGUCUGGCCGGAAUAUUCGGCGGAGUCUCAAAUAGGGAGGAGUCGCCCGGGGUCGACCACUAUGAAAGAACACUGACAGUCGACGGAGAAGAGACAACACUGGUCGUCAUGGAUACGUGGGAACCGGACAAACUGGAGGAAGAGGAUGUGAUGAAGAAGGCCAGUGCGUAUCUUAUCGUCUACUCCAUCACCGAUCGCUCUAGUUUUGAGUCCGCCUCCGAGCUGCGGAUCCGGCUCCGUAGAUUACGACAGGCCGACGACAUCCCCAUCAUCCUGGUGGGAAACAAGUCAGACCUGGUCCGGUCCAGAGACAUCUCUACAGAAGAAGGCCGUGCGUGUGCGGUCAUGUUCGACUGUAAGUUCAUCGAGACCUCGGCGUGUCUCCACCACCACGUGGGCGAGCUGUUCCAGGGCGUGGUGCGACAGAUCCGCCUGCGGAGACGGCAGCCCCUCCCCCGCGACGGGGGCCCGGCGGGCCAGGGUCCCGGGGAUGGGGGCCAGGCCCGCUCGGUGCCCCCCCCCCUCAGCCUGGCGAAGAAGGCGCGUCGCUUCCUGGGGGGCCUGGCCGCCCGCAACAACCAGCACCUCGCUCUGAAGGCCCGCUCCAAGAGCUGCCACGACCUGUCUGUCCUCUGA